UUUUCAACACGAAUGGAAUAUAUAUGACCAACGUGCAAUAGAAUAUGCCAUGUAUGAAUACGAUCCUGCUGUUAAAGUUAGAAGAAAAGUAUUUGAUGAUUGUAUAUCAACAACUCGAACUGAUCGAGAUGGAAAACUUUUCAUAGACGAGGAAGAAGUGGCGGUGGUGUAUUUCAGAACUGGAUACAGUCCUCGCCACUUUCCAACACCAUUGCAUUGGGAAGCAAGAAAGACCAUCGAAAUGAGUUUAGCUAUAAAAUCGCCCAGCGCCGCUCACCAGUUAGUAGGUUGUAAGAAACUGCAAGAGGUUUUGGCAAGACCGGGAGUUUUGGAAAAGUUUCUUAAAGACAAGGGAACGAUUGAAAAACUUCGCUCCACAUUUGCAGAGAUGCAUUCUCUUGAUAUGAAUGAUGCUGGAGAUACGGCAGUGAAGCUUGCUAUGGAGAGACCACGUGAUUUUGUCCUCAAGCCACAACGAGAAGGUGGAGGAAACAAUCUUUAUGAUUCUGAAAUGGUUGACCGGCUUACUGAGAUAGGAGGGGACGAAAGGAGAUGCGCUUACAUUCUUAUGGAGAAAAUCCGACCGCCUGUUCAGGAAUUUAACUAUUUUGUUCACAACUACACUUGCUCGGCUGUAUCAAACACUGUUAGUGAAUUCGGUAUCUACAGCGUCUUUUUAACGGACGGUAGUAAUGUUACUGAGAGCCGAGCUGUUGGUCACUUACUACGUUCCAAAUCUGUGACACAGAACGAAGGCGGUAUCUCUGUUGGCAUUGCCGCGCUUGACUCGCCAUUUUUGAACUAACACUGAUA